GUAGUUUUCCUGACUUUUAGAGGUCCUUUUCCUGACGCUGGCAAGGAAUCAGCAGGCUGUCCGGUCGCUGCAGAUCCUCUCAUGGCGCCAUGCAUUGGUUCUAAGUUGUCUUGCUGGUGCAAUUGACAUAAAUUCCUGGUAGGCCGUAGAUGGCAUUGUUAAGUCGCUGUCACCAGCAGCAGUGGCAAGGCACCUGCUUGACGGGUCUUUGCCAGGUUCAGCAGAGGUGUCAGCAGGUCGAGAGGCAAGGCAUAUGUAAGGUGGAAGGAGGUGAAUCUGCUCUACCAAAAGCUUUCUCUUUUCUUUAAGGGCAUUCUUUUGCAAAAGCCUUUCAGGGAGCGCGGCCCUCGGUGUUAGUGCCGGCACACUCACCUUUGUUCUUUCCACUAAAGUUACCCCGAUGGCGUCCCAUCUUUCUACCCCCUUCCUGCUGAUCCUGCUGGCCGCCGGCUGUUGCCAGCUGUCGCCCGCCUCUGCCCAGGUUCCAACACCUGUCACCCAGCUCCCAUUCAGCUCCAGCGAGCUCGCUCCGCAGACUGCCGCGCGGGCUGCUUACUUCAGCGCCAUGCUCGCAGGAGGGGGCGGAGAUGCAGCCAACUUGGCUGCCAAUGUGAGAAACUUUGCGGCGACUCCCGUCGGCCUGGGGGGUGGGUUCAUUUCGCUGGCGACAUUUGUCGUGAACACCGCGAUUGGGACGCCUCCUGUGACGGUUCCGCUGAUCGUUGACACCGGAAGCCAUGUGUGCUUUACACAAGGACCAAACUGUACGACCUGUCCGAGUGGGGGCGGGUGCCAGAACAGUCCCUUUGGUGCGAACUCAGGCUCGACUUGUCCCUAUGGGGGGCCGAUAUACGAUCCCUCCCAAUCUAGUACAGCUGUCACCAGCACAACGUGUGCCCAGUGCGCAGGUGAAUCGUUUGGGGCGACGGGGUGCCUCGAAGAGGCAUUCUCCCCCCCUAAUACGUGCCAGUUCGAGAUCAGGUUUGGGAUUGGCAAUGCCGCGGGCCGGUUUACGCAGGACGUUGUGUCGGUGGGGUCUGUCUCCUCAGGGGGUCAGCGCCUUUUCAUCGGGACUACCACCUUUCAGUCCGCCUUCGAGGGCACAGCGGGGUUGCUGGGCUUCGGGCCGGCCGUGACUUCCCUGCCUGUCCAAUUGAAGCAGGUCGGCGCCCUUCCUUCCUCCACCUUUGCCCUUUGCCUGGCAUCCGGUACCAGCAACGGAGGCACGCUCUUCCUUGGGGGGGUCCCUGACCAGCCUGGCGGCGCCCCCUACGACAUUUCGUAUACGGGGCCCCUGCUCCGGAACCCUUUUGUCUUUUUCAUCAUACCGAACCCAACGAACGUCCUGUUGAACGGCAACCCUGUGGCUGGGGCUGCUUCAGCGCUGCAAUCUGACACCAAUGCAGGAUCCGCUUGGAUCGUGGACUCAGGGACCACGCUCACUGUUCUUGGCACCCCCUUGUACGACGCACUGCUGGGCGCCAUAAAGACAGCUGUCGGGUGCCCCAACACAAUCUCCCGGGUCGGCUUGGAUUUCAUCGACCUCACGACGUGCAACCCACCGUUCACGUCUUUUUCCAACGAUGAGCUCUACUCGCGCUUCCCCACUCUGACGCUCCAGCUGCAAGGCACGCAAGCGGUCGCGCGGCCAAAGUCGUACCUUUACCCCCUGGACGGCACUAACCGUUUCGUUAACCCGGGCAUUGAUGACGGGGGCCCGGCCUCUUCUAACCCGAAUAACGCGGCUGUCCGAAUCGUCGGCGACAGUUUCAUCACCGAUAACCUGGUCGUUUUUGACGCAGAGAACAGCCGGGUGGGUUUUGCGAGCGUGAACUGCGACACUCUGUUGCCUCUCGCACCCGCUUCAAGCAACCCCUCCCCAACUGUUUCUCCCCCGACCACUCCCGUCUCCCCGGGUGUUUCCGCUAACCCGGGGCCGGACGGCACGUGCAGUUCUUUCCUCGCCACCCCCAACCAGUGCUACACGGCGGACGGCACUGGGUCUAUCUGCUGCGCCGGCCAGUGCCCCAACCCCCCUGCCGUCGGAACCCCAAAUUGCGGAGCUGGCUCUGCGGCCCCCCCGACCACGCCUGCCCCAACCGUCGCUCCCCCGACCACUCCCGCCCCGACCGUUCCGGUUCCGGCCCCGACCACCUCCGCCCCAACCGUUCCGGUUCCGGCCCCGACCACUUCGGCCCCAGUACUUCCGGCUUCGACCACUCCGGCCUCCCCCGGCGGUUCCGCCAACCCGGGACCGGACGGCACGUGCAGCUCUUUGCCCGCCACCCCCAACCAGUGCUACACGUCGGACGGAACGAGGUCCAUCUGCUGCGCCGGCCAGUGCCCCAACCCGCCCGCCGUUGGCAACCCGAGCUGCGGAGCGGGCAGCCCCGCCGCCCCCACCCCGACCAACCCCGCGCCUGCAGCGACAAACCCGGCGCCUAACCCCACCACUAACCCGACCACUCCCGCGCCCGUGGGGGCGUGUGCAACCCUUCGUCGUCGUUUCCGAACCAGUGCUUCAACGCCGACGGUUCCGCUUUCACCUGCUGCUCGGGACCUUGCCCCGGGACGCCCGGCAACACUCCGUCCUGUACCUAAGUCAACACAUCCCUUGGAUUAUGCAAUCCAGCCAAUCCAGUCAAGACGUCCGGGCCCUUGCAGGGACUCGUGGCGCACAGGAGUCUCUAAAUGAGAGUAUUUAUUCUGGCCGGUCGCGCAAGCACGCUAGAACGGCGUAUAAGGAGACGUCCGGAUUUUGGUCGGUCUGCCUAAGAGGAUCAAACUGAGAUUUCUAGAUAUCAAUCACACCAUUUUGUAUUCCGAGCAAUACACGCGUUGAGAGAAGCAGUUUUGUACCCGGCUGUAUUUUGUCGUACCAAGCGUGCGAGCCCACUCGAUCAAAGAGGCGUUCUGAGAAUACGCGCUAUCCAGCAAACAUUCUAGGCCCCCACGCGCGGGUUGAAAGGAAUCAUCGUCCGGACUCGGAAGAACCUUCUUGUGGACGGAAGUGUACGCUAUUUAGUGUCGAGCCCACAUUGACGGGCUUUGGAGUUGAUUACUUAAGUUGAGACCAGGUUGCAAGAGAGUAGCCCGUCGCUUGCGCCGAAUUUAACAAACAUAACCUGUCACGUGUUGGUCGUUCUAGAGGUAUAAAGUAAAGCGCAUGAAGGCCUUCUGAUAGGUAAAGUCUGACGCUAACUCGUACGGUGAAACUGCGUCUCCAGAUAUUGAACAAUUCUUCUAACCGUCAUGAUCUAUCUUGCUCAGAUGCUUCACUGGGUCCCUCACUAAGCUCGAAACGUCGUAACCAU